AAAAGUUACACGGGAACAUUUUCGCGCCGUUAUGAGUUGAUGUAAUCAGACACUGAAGUUAGCACACAGCUGGCUGUGCUGCUACAUACACAUUUGUUGAUAACAUUUUUAAUAAUCCAGGCUACAGUGAGCUAACCAGUGUUGACAAUGGCCAGGAAAACAAGCAGAAAGGUUCGGAAGUACACACUGGCACCCAAAUCUCGGCGUUUGAAGAAGACUCAGCGACCCUGGACCAUCACAACCGCAAUGACCCGCAGCCAGAGUAUCACCGGUCCCAGCUUCUUCAACUGGCUGCCUACAGAGGUGUUACACAUGAUCCUAGAUCAACUGUCAGUGCUGGAGAUCAGUGUGUUUUCCAUGGUGUCAAAGGAAAUCACAAACUACAUUGUGGCUUACAUGUCCUCUGUGGCCUGGAGGAAUAAAACCAUCAUCCAAAGCUUUCACCCCUACGCAUACCUUGAACAGAGAGCAACUAUUGAACACUACAGAGACCUGGGUUUGUUGUUCAAGAGAUGUACCCUGUUACUACCCACAAAGGAAAGGUUAAAGUUUAUCUUUAGCAAGUUUUCACAGAUUCCUUGCUUCAUGUUGGAGCAGUGCCCUGCACCAGGCUGCCCUGGCUUCUCUAGGUAUGGUGUCUUCCUCCAGACUCUGAUCGCUGGCUGGGAUGAGCUGGAGUGCCACAGAGUGUUCAACUUCUUGUGUGAACUCACAAACCUGAUGCAGAAGACUGAAGCAGUAAUUACAGCUAAACCAGGGGUAAAGCCAUACCAGGAGCUGCAGCUUCGUCUGUUCUGCCGGCACGUUCUGUUGGACCCAUGGCCAAACCAGCCAGAGUCCCAGUUCUGGCUAAUGCAACUCUUGAAGCCUUGGCCCAUGGUCAGCCAGGCUCACCUACUGUUCAUCCUCUAUGGACCUCUGCUGCCUGAAGGCACUCUCGGCUGGCAAGAUUUGGUGGAGAGGGGAUUACCACACAGCGGUCUGUGGGACCUAGCUAAGGCCAUCCUCAUGCUUUUUGGAAAACUAGAAGUCAAAGGCUGGACCACUGACUCACUGCUGGCAAUCUUGGAGGAGCUAACUGCCAUUCCUCAGCCAUGGCAUAUAGAGAACAUGGCCCGCCUUUUAGUGCUGUGUGGCAGCCGCUUCUGUUACACUGUUCUGGCCAGCAAGGCCCUGAAUGGACGACUGAGUGAGGUCUCAAGACUCAUCGUCUAUAUCAUACUGGUGUGUGAGAAGGAUGGCUAUCAAAUGAGUUGGGCAGUUAAUUUGGUACAGCAGAUCUGCAAGGUCUUCAGCACAGCACCUGAAAGGUUUAGCUUCAUUCAGCAGCUGGAAAACACCUUCUCUGAAGUCACCAGGGAGUUCUUUGAGUUUUCUGCAGCAGGAAACCACUUUGGAGACAGAGAGACUUUCCAGAACAUGUGCAUCCUCCUGGACUCCAGCGCUCACUUCCACACUAAAUUCCUCUACAUGCUCUUCAAAUAGGAUUUAUGCAGAAUAAAUCGAAAAAGAGAUGGAACGAAACAGACGUAAAUAAUGAAGGAUGUUAAUAAGGAAAAGGAAAGAGUGUGCUGUACCUCUACAGCUUUUGAUGUGCCAGAAAGAGGAGCUGAAGACUUUAAUAUCAGGAGUGCUUUAAAAUGAACAGUGAAGCACUUUUUGGUUAAAAACUGAGCUAUUUUAAAUGCUUUGGUUAAAAAGUAUGCUUAUUUAUAAAAAAAAUAUAUUAUAUUUGUCUAAAUAUAGUUCUUAAGUAUUUCUUUGAAAGUUCACUUUUAUAAAAAGUAUUUAAUAUUUAUUCAUAGAAGAAGAAAAAAAGACCACAUGUAUGAACAUUAUUUUCUCCAUGUAAAUAUAGUUGAUAUAUAGUGGGAACAAUUUAUGUAAUUUAUUAAACUGUCUUUUAAAAA